CGCACUGCUCGGGGCGGCGCUGAGGCGGGCGGGCGCUGAGGCGGCCGUUUCCUGUCCUGGUGCAUGGUGGUCGGACGGAGGAAUUGUUGGAAAAUUUCUCGGCGAGGUAGACAAUGUUAUUAGCUCAGAUAAAUCGAGACUCUCAAGGAAUGGCUGAGUUUUCUGGAGGAGGAAUGGAGGCCCAACAUGUGACUCUUUGUUUAACAGAAGCUGUAGCUGUGCAAGGUGAACCUUCAGAUGGUGACAACUUAGAAAACAUGGAAGGUGUAAGUUUGCAAGCAGUUACACUUGCUGAUGGCUCCACUGCUUACAUACAGCAUAAUUCUAAAGAUGGUAAACUAAUGGAUGGUCAAGUGAUUCAAUUAGAAGAUGGUUCUGCUGCUUAUGUUCAACAUGUACCCAUGCCUAAAAGCAGGGAUAGCUUACGUCUGGAAGAUGGACAAGCAGUUCAGCUGGAAGAUGGAACUACGGCAUUUAUUCAUCAUACCUCAAAAGACAGUUAUGACCAGAGUGCAUUACAAGCAGUCCAGCUGGAAGAUGGAACUACUGCCUACAUUCACCACACGGUGCAGAUGCCACAGUCAGAUACCAUUUUAGCCAUUCAGGCUGAUGGUACAGUGGCAGGUCUUCAUACAGGAGAUGCUGCCAUUGACCCAGAUACCAUCAGUGCUUUGGAACAAUAUGCAGCCAAGGUGUCUAUUGAUGGAAAUGACAGUGUUAGUGCUACAGGAAUGAUAGGUGAAAACGAGCAAGACAAAAAAAUGCAGAUUGUUCUGCAAGGACAUGGAACACGAGUGACUGCAAAGUCUCAGCAGAGUGGAGAGAAAGCCUUUCGCUGUGAUUACGAUGGCUGUGGAAAACUGUACACAACAGCUCACCAUCUUAAGGUCCAUGAAAGGUCACACACUGGAGACAGACCAUAUCAGUGUGAACAUCCUGGAUGUGGAAAAGCAUUUGCAACAGGGUAUGGGUUAAAAAGCCAUGUCCGAACACACACUGGUGAAAAGCCUUAUCGGUGCACUGAAGAAAAUUGCACCAAAUCAUUCAAGACUUCAGGAGACCUGCAGAAACAUAUCCGAACCCACACAGGUGAAAGGCCCUUUAAGUGUCCAUUUGAAGGAUGUGGCAGGUCAUUCACAACAUCUAAUAUCAGAAAGGUUCACAUCAGGACACAUACAGGCGAAAGGCCUUAUUACUGUACAGAGCCAGGAUGUGGGAGAGCUUUUGCCAGUGCAACUAAUUAUAAGAAUCAUGUGAGAAUACACACAGGAGAGAAGCCCUAUGUCUGCACAGUUCCUGGUUGUGAUAAACGUUUUACAGAGUAUUCCAGUUUAUACAAACAUCAUGUUGUACAUAGUCAUUCCAAACCAUAUAACUGUAAUCACUGUGGGAAAACCUACAAGCAGAUUUCUACACUUGCUAUGCACAAGAGGACAGCACACAAUGAUACAGAGCCCAUUGAAGAAGAACAAGAGGCAUUUUUUGAGCCACCUCCAGGUCAAGGUGAAGAUGUUCUCAAAGGCUCCCAGAUAACCUAUGUCACAGGAGUAGAGGGAGAAGAUGUAAUUGCUGCACAGGUUGCUACAGUGACUCAGUCAGGAUUAGGUCAACAAGUAGCACUAAUAUCCCAGGAUGGAACCCAACAUGUCAACAUAUCCCAGGCAGAUAUGCAGGCCAUUGGCAAUACUAUCACUAUGGUAACACAAGAUGGCACCACCAUCACGGUCCCUGCCCACGAUGCUGUCAUUUCCUCUGCAGGAACACAUUCUGUAGCAAUGGUUACUGCAGAAGGCACUGAAGGACAGCAGGUUGCUAUUGUGGCUCAAGACUUAGCAGCAUUUCACAGUGCCUCAUCAGAAAUGGGACAUCAGCAACAUGGGCACCAUUUAGUGACUACAGAAACUAGACCUGUUACAUUGUUGGCUACAUCCAAUGGAACACAAAUUGCAGUACAGCUUGGAGAACAACAGUCUCUGGAAGAAGCCAUCAGAAUAGCCUCCAGAAUACAACAGGGUGAAACACCAGGGAUUGAUGAUUAACUUCUGAAACUGCUACCAGAACAAUAGAGUUAAAGGUAUUUUAUUUUCAAUCAACAAAGGUCCAUGCCAGCAGCAAUCCUUAAAAACUUUGAAGUUCCCCACUCACAGACCCUGUGUACACGUUUUAUGCAAGAGCGAAGAACACUUUGUAAGUUUUGUGUACAUAACCCUUGGAAUGGACUGACAUCAUCUACUUCCAACUGUUGCAUAUUCAGGAAUAUGGAAUUAGGAUUAUAUAGUACAUGUCCUUGUUAUCCUUUUAUCAGAUUUCAGACUGGUCUACAAGCAAGUGAAAAAUUAAAUAGAAGCAUUGGAAUUAAUUUUUAAUGUCAUGUACAAAUAAUGAAGGCAUUACUGAAGAGUUCAGAUGCUUAAAAUACUACUAAAAUCAUAAUUUCAGGAACCACAAGUAAUGAAGAUGACAAAGCCGUUUAAAUUGCAUUCCAUAAAUGGAAAAGUCUUGGAUUUUGAGCCUACUGUAAAUUUUCGUACUUUGAUUUGUUUCAUACAUAUUGGAAUACUCCUUAGAUUUUCCACCCCAUCUCAUUCAUUGUAAAUACAGACACUUAAUGCAGGAAGUGCUAAUUAUAUUAUCUUUAAAUUGGAUUAUGUACAAAGGAGAAACUUUGGUUGUUCAAUAUUAAAGGAAGUAAAUCUAA